AGAACUGUUACAUUUUACGACACGUAUAACAUCGAACAUUUGCCAACGUAGCGAUGCCAGCGUACAUAUAUAUGUAGUGGUGUACUGGUCAUCUUUUUUCCACACGUUUUUAGCUUUUUAGCUGUUUGUGAAUGGGCGCCUAAUCAGCCAAUCAGAAAUGGCCGGUAUACUAUGAAUCCUUUUCUUCAAUGUUUGAAGAGCUGGAUAUUGAUCGAAAGCUGGUGCCCCAAAUAUAUACUCGAAAUUUUCAAGGGCCUCUGCAAAUACGAAGUCCGCCCAUGUCGUCUGAAAAAAGGAUCCUCCUCCAUGCGAUAGUAGCAGAUAUCUGAAACGUAUAUGAAACCAACCGUUACGUUCAUUUGUGUUUUUCCCCCCAAACGAAGAGAAAAUAAGUUGUGAAAGAAGGAGUAGCCUCUCAUAGUUCCUACAAUUUCUUCAUUCUCUUUGCUUUCUUCAAUAUUGUCUCAACAAGUUCCUGUGGUUCACGAUACUUAAAAUAUAUACAAUGUUACCAGCGUGGAAAUUGUCUUGGAAACUUGGAAAAUCUUUCAAGAGGAACAACAUUGCUAACUGAGAUUCGAGAAAGGAAAGUUGACAGAGCAAGGAAAAUGAGCGACGAACAUACCUACAAACUAAUCUACUUCAAUGCCCGUGGUCGUGCCGAACAUAUACGGUACAUAUUUGCAUAUACUGGCAUCGAGUAUACCGACGAGAGGAUCCCCGAAGAACUCUGGCCUGAAUACAAGGAUUGUAAGCGUGAAGAAUCGAUUUUUACUUUCAUCGUUCAACUCUCAGCAAUGCCUUAUAAAAAGCUGCCUGUGCUGGAGGUAGACGGGAAACCGGUAGCGCAGGGUAACGCUGUGGCGCCUUACUUGGCGAGGAAGUACGAUCUAAUGGGAAACUGCAAAGGGGAUGCGCUGAUAUGCGAAGUGCUCGUCGAUACUCUUGAAGAUUUGGAGCAAGACGACAUGGGCGGACUUCGUAUUUGCAGCGGCCCUUGAAAAUUUCGAGUAUAUGUUUGGGGCACCAGCUUUGGAUAAAUAUCCAGCUCUUCGAGCAUUGAAGAAAAGGAUUCAUAGAAUACCGGCCAUUUCUGAUUGACUGAUUAGGCGCCCAUUCACAAACAGCUAAAAAGCUAAAAACGUGUGGAAAAAAGAUGACCAGUACACCACUACAUAUAUGUAGUAUCGUGGACGAAAGGCCUAAGAAAUAUCGGGCGAACUAUGAACAAUGUCGGGAGAGCCGAGGCGCCGUCGGGCCCAUCAAUGUGUCAUCGGUCUUUUCAAGUGCAUAGUUUCGUGGAAAAGACCUACGUGACCCUGGCUACGAGCGUCUGCAGAACACGUGUGCGGUGGGCCUAGGAAAAAGGCAAUAGAAUGCGACAACGGCCAGAGUGUGAGUCGAGAAACAGAGUGUGAGUCGAGGAGCUGAGUGCGAGUUGAGCGGAGACAGAGUUUGCGAGUGGCGUUGCCGAGAGAGUGUUGAUUGCGUUUUGGUAAAAGUCGAGUCGCUAUCUAGUUAUUUAGUUGCGCUGUUUUCUGUACGUUUGGCGUGAAUAGUUCAGGUUGAACAACAAUCGUCUUUUUCUGUCUGAUUAACAUCUCUAUUGUCCACUCCUUGUAAAUACAUUAUAUCACGAUAUUACAUA